CCCGGUCUGCCGCCGCUGCCUCUGCUGCUGCUGCUCGGGGCGGCGCGGGCCGGCGCUUUGGAGAUCCAGCGCCGUUUCCCUUCGCCCACGCCCACCAACAACUUCGCCCUGGACGGCGCGGCGGGCACCGUGUACCUCGCGGCUGUGAACCGCCUGUAUCAGCUGUCGAGUGCCAACCUGAGCCUGGAGGCCGAGGCGACCGUGGGCCCCGUGCCGGACAGCCCGCUGUGUCACGCCCCGCAGCUCCCGCAGGCCUCGUGCGAGCACCCGCGGCGCCUCACCGACAACUACAACAAAAUCCUGCAGCUGGACCCUGGCCAGGGUCUGGUGGUCGCGUGCGGCUCCAUCUACCAGGGUUUGUGCCAGCUGCGGCGCCGGGGCAACAUCUCGGCCCUGGCCGUGCGCUUCCCGCCUGCCGCGCCGCCCGCCGAACCGGUCACCGUGUUCCCCAGCAUGCUCAACGUGGCCGCCAACCACCCCAAUGCAUCCACCGUGGGGCUGGUGCUGCCGCCGGCCACGGGCACGGGGGGCAGCCGUCUGCUUGUAGGCGCCACGUACACCGGCUACGGCAGCGCCUUCUUCCCGCGCAACCGUAGCCUGGAAGACCACCGCUUCGAGAACACGCCCGAGAUCGCCAUCCGCUCCCUGGACGCGCGUGGAAACUUGGCCAAGCUCUUCACCUUCGACCUCAACCCGUCCGACGACAACAUCCUGAAGAUCAAGCAAGGUGCCAAAGAGCAGUACAAGCUGGGCUUCGUGAGCGCCUUCUUGCACCCGGCGGCGCCUCCGCGCGGCGCGCAGCCCUACGCGUACCUGGCGCUCAACAGCGAGGCGCGUGCGGGCGACAAGGACAGCCAGGCGCGCAGCCUGCUGGCGCGCAUCUGCCUGCCCCGCGGCGCGGGCGGCGACGCCAAGAAGCUCACCGAGUCCUACAUCCAGCUGGGUUUGCAGUGCGCCGGCGGCGCGGGCCGCGGUGACCUCUACAGCCGCCUGGUGUCGGUCUUCCCCGUGCGCGAGCAGCUCUUCGCCGUCUUCGAGCGGCCCCAGGGCGCCCCAGGUGCCCGCAACGCCCCGGCCGCGCUCUGUGUCUUCCGCUUCGCCGACGUGCAGGCGGCCAUCCGUGCUGCGCGCACCGCCUGCUUCGUGGAGCCGGCGCCCGACGUGGUGGCGGUCCUGGACAGCGUGGUGCAGGGCACCGGGCCGUCCUGCGAGAAUAAACGUAACAUACAGCUGCAGCUGGAGCAGCUGGAUUGUGGUGCGGCCCACCUGCAGCACCCGCUGUCCAUCCUGCAGCCACUGAGUGCAUCGCCCGUGUUCCGUGCCCCGGGGCUCACAGCUGUGGCUGUGGCCAGUGCCAAUAACUACACCGCCGUCUUCCUGGGCACUGCCACAGGGAGGCUCAUCAAGAUCAGCCUGAACGAGAGCAUGCAGGUGGUAAGCCGGCGGGUGCUGACGGUGGCCUAUGGGGAGCCUGUACACCACAUCAUGCAGUUUGACCCCGUGGAUCCUGGUUUCCUGUACUUGAUGACGUCCCACCAGGUGGCCCGAGUGAAGGUUGCAGCAUGUGAGGUGCAUUCCACCUGCGGGGACUGUGUGGGCGCAGCCGACGCCUACUGUGGCUGGUGCACUCUGGAGACCCGGUGCACCCUCCAACAGGACUGCGCCAACUCCAGCCAGCCGCAUUUCUGGACCAGUGCCAGCGAGGGCCCGGGCCGCUGCCCCGCCAUGACGGUGCUGCCCUCUGAGAUCGAUGUGCGCCGGGACUACACGGGGAUGAUCUUGCAGAUCUCAGGCAGCCUGCCUAGCCUCAGCGGUAUGGAGAUGGCUUGUGACUAUGGGAAUGAUGUUCGGACAGUGGCCAGGGUACCCGGCCCUGCCUAUGACCAUCAGAUUGCCUACUGCAACCUCCUGCCCAGGGCCCAGUUUCCAUCUUUUCCUGCUGGCCAGGAUCACGUGACCGUUGAGAUGUCUGUAAGGGUCAAAGGACGCAACAUUGUCUCGGCCAAUUUCACCAUCUACGACUGCAGCCGAAUUGGACAAGUGUACCCCCAUACAGCCUGCACCAGCUGCCUGUCGACGCAGUGGCCUUGCUUCUGGUGUACCCAGCAGCACACCUGUGUCUCUAAUCAGUCUCAGUGUGAGGGCUCGCCAGACCCCACGAACCCUCAGGACUGCCCCCAGAUCCUGCCCUCGCCCCUGGCGCCCGUGCCCACGGGUGGCUCCCAGGACAUCCUGGUGCCUCUGACUAGUGCCACCUUCGUCCAUGGUACCUCCCUGGAGUGCAGCUUUGGGCUGGAAGAGAGCUUCGAGGCCGUGUGGGUGAAUGACUCGCUGGUACGCUGCAACCAAGUGGUGCUGCACACGACCCAGAAGAGCCAGGUGUUUCCACUCAGCCUGAAGCUGAAGGGGCCGCCAGACAGAUUCCUAGACAGCCCUAACCCCAUGACAGUUGAGGUCUACAAUUGUGCUGUGGGCAGCCCUGACUGUUCCCAGUGCCUGGGCCGUGAGGACCUGGGUCACCUCUGUGUUUGGAGUGACGGCUGUCGCCCGAGAGGGCCCCUGCCGCCGCUCCCCGGCACCUGCCCAGCCCCUGAGAUCCGAUCGAUUGAGCCUCUGAGUGGCCCCUUGGACGGCGGGACCUUGUUGACCAUCCGCGGCAGGAACCUGGGCCGCCGGCUCAGUGAUGUGGCCCACGGUGUGUGGAUCGGCAGUGUAGCCUGUGAACCUCUGGCUGACAGAUACACAGUUUCAGAGGAGAUUGUGUGUGCCACAGGGCCCGCACCAGGGGCCUUCUCAGACGUGGUGACCGUGAACGCCUCCAAGGAGGGCAGGUCUCGGGAGCACUUCUCCUAUGUGCUGCCCGUGGUCCACUCCCUGGAGCCUGCCCUGGGUCCGAAGGCAGGGGGCACCAGGAUCACCAUUCACGGCAGUGACCUCCACGUGGGCUCGGUGCUCCAGGUCCUGGUGAAUGACACGGACCUCUGCACGGACCUUAUGCGCACGGCCACCAGCAUCACCUGCACCGUGCCUAGGGGCACCCUGCCCGCUCCGGUGCCCGUGUGUGUGCGCUUUGAGAGCCGGGGCUGCGUGCGUGGGAACCUCACCUUCUGGUACAUGCAGAACCCCGUCAUCACCGCCAUCCGUCCAGGCCGCAGCCCUGUCAGCGGUGGCAGGACCAUCACUGUGGCUGGCGAACGUUUCCACAUGGUACAGAACGUAUCAAUGGCGGUACACCACAUUGGCCGGGAGCCCACGUUCUGCAAGGUUCUCAACUCCACGCUCAUCACCUGCCCAUCUCCUGGAGCCCUGAGCAAUGCUUCGGCACCUGUAGACUUCUUCAUCAAUGGCCGGGCAUAUACAGACGAAGCAGCUGAGGAGCUGCUGGACCCUGCGGAGGCCCAGCGCGGCAGCCGGUUCCGCCUGGACUACCUCCCCAACCCACAGUUCUCCACGGCCAAGAGGGAGAAGUGGAUCAAGCAUCACCCAGGGGAGCCGCUCACCUUAGUCAUCCAUAAGGAGCAAGACAGCCUAGGGCUCGAGAGCCAUGAGUACCACAUCAAGAUUGGCCAGGUGUCCUGCGACAUCCAGAUCGUCUCAGACAGAGUCAUCCACUGCUCGGUCAAUGAGUCCCUGGGCACAGCUGAGGGACAGUUGCCCAUCACAGUGAGUGGGCGGGGGCUCUGGAGGUGGGCGGAGGAGUCCCGGGAUCAAACCCCGGUCCUCACAUGUACACAGGCGCUUGCCCAAGCCCACACACCUCAGCAGCAGCUGCCCGCUGACCCCUUUUCACGGCCUCUGCCGUCCACAGCCCUGUUCGUCUUCUGCACCAAGAGCCGCCGAGCCGAGCGCUACUGGCAGAAGACCCUGCUGCAGAUGGAAGAGAUGGAGUCUCAGAUCCGAGAGGAGAUCCGCAAAGGCUUUGCAGAGCUGCAGACAGACAUGACGGAUCUCACCAAGGAGCUGAACCGCAGCCAGGGCAUCCCCUUCUUGGAGUACAAGCACUUUGUGACUCGAACCUUCUUCCCCAAGUGUUCUUCCCUCUAUGAAGAGAGGUACGUGUUACCCUCACAGACCCUCAACUCCCAAGGCAGCUCCCCGCCCCAGGAAACCCACCCGCUGCUGGGAGAGUGGAACAUCCCGGAACACUGCCGGCCCAGCAUGGAGGAGGGGAUCAGCUUGUUCUCCUCCUUGCUCAACAACAAGCACUUCCUUAUCAUCUUCGUCCACGCCCUGGAGCAGCAGAAGGACUUCGCUGUGCGCGACAGGUGCAGCCUGGCGUCACUGCUGACCAUCGCACUGCAUGGUAAGCUGGAGUACUACACGAGCAUCAUGAAGGAGUUGCUGGUGGAUCUCAUCGACGCCUCGGCCGCCAAGAACCCGAAGCUCAUGUUGCGGCGCACCGAGUCGGUGGUAGAGAAGAUGCUUACCAACUGGAUGUCCAUCUGCAUGUAUGGCUGCCUGAGGGAGACUGUAGGCGAGCCUUUCUUCUUGCUGCUCUGCGCCAUCAAGCAGCAGAUCAACAAAGGCUCCAUCGAUGCCAUCACGGGGAAAGCCCGCUACACGCUCAAUGAGGAGUGGCUGCUGCGGGAGAACAUUGAGGCCAAGCCCCGGAACCUGAACGUGUCCUUCCAGGGCUGUGGUAUGGAUUCACUGAGCGUGCGGGCCAUGGACACAGACACGCUGACGCAGGUCAAGGAGAAGAUCCUGGAAGCCUUCUGCAAGAACGUUCCCUACUCACAGUGGCCGCGGGCGGAGGACGUGGACCUCGAAUGGUUUGCCUCAAGCACCCAGAGCUACGUCCUCCGGGACCUGGAUGAUACGUCAGUGGUGGAGGACGGCCGCAAGAAGCUGAACACGCUGGCCCACUAUAAGAUUCCUGAGGGUGCCUCCCUAGCCAUGAGCCUCACAGACAAGAAGGACAACACCCUGGGCCGAGUAAAAGACUUGGACACAGAAAAGUAUUUCCAUUUGGUGCUGCCCACAGACGAGCUGGUAGAGCCUAAGAAGUCCCACCGGCAAAGCCAUCGCAAGAAGGUGUUGCCAGAGAUCUACCUGACCCGCCUGCUGUCUACCAAGGGCACACUGCAGAAGUUCCUGGAUGACCUGUUCAAGGCUAUCCUGAGCAUCCGAGAGGACAGGCCCCCACUGGCUGUGAAGUAUUUCUUUGACUUCCUAGAGGAGCAGGCGGAGAAGAGAGGCAUCUCUGACCCUGACACCCUGCACAUCUGGAAGACCAACAGCCUCCCCCUCCGCUUCUGGGUGAACAUCUUGAAAAACCCCCAGUUUGUCUUCGACAUAGAGAAGACAGACCACAUCGAUGCCUGCCUGUCUGUCAUCGCGCAGGCCUUCAUUGAUGCCUGCUCCAUCUCUGACCUACAGCUGGGCAAGGACUCACCCACCAACAAGCUUCUGUAUGCGAAGGAGAUCCCCGAGUACCGGAAGAUUGUGCAGCGCUAUUACAAACAGAUCCAGGACAUGACUCCUCUCAGCGAACAGGAAAUGAACGCACACCUGGCUGAGGAGUCGCGGAAAUAUCAGAAUGAGUUCAAUACAAACGUGGCCAUGGCUGAGAUCUAUAAAUAUGCUAAGAGGUAUCGCCCACAGAUCAUGGCUGCCCUGGAAGCCAACCCCACUGCCCGAAGGACCCAGCUCCAGCACAAGUUUGAGCAGGUGGUGGCUCUGAUGGAGAACAAUAUCUAUGAGUGUUACAGCGAGGCCUGAGGCAGGAGAGUGACCAGAAGCUACUGCCAGGGAGACGGUGACCAGGCCACUUGGGCCUCUGUCUGGUCUCUUCCCCACACCUCUUAACCCGGGCUGGGAACUGACAGAGAGGAGCCUGCUGGGUGAGAAGGGAGGAGGACCCUGGCCUCUUAGAGCCUCAGAGCUCUCAGCCUCGUCCCCUGGGGCAUCUCUGUCCUUCCAUCUGCCCAAGAUCUGACUCUGGGACAAGGGCUUUGAACAUCGCUGCCAGUCCUGGAGAAGGCUUUCGCUGCCAACCGGGACGGCCUGGACCGCGCCUGCCUGCACCGCGCCUGCCCACUCGCUCUGCUCCAGCCAGGCUGCUCGGCACACGUUGGGAGAGGUGGCCGUAUCCCAGAACACUACCUCAUCCACCUGGCAGAGGGGAGCCUGCGAUUGAUUUCGGCUUCAGCCACCAAGACGUUGUCUGUGUCCCUCACCCAGAGGGGGCCCUGGCCACCAACAAUUCCAAGCAGGGUCAGAUUUUUGUUGUUGUUGAUGUUGUUCCAUCGGCCAGCGGCAGCAUGGGCAGCGCCCAUUGCCCACAGAAUGGUGGAGAGGAGGAGACAGGUUGGGGGUUCCUGUCCUCCAGAAAGGGAGAAAGUCAAGGAUGCAGGGCUGUAGCUGGACUACCCAAUCUUCCUGGAAGUGUUUCUAAAGAGCACCACUUUUUUUUGUUGUUGUUUUGUUUUUUAAAAUCUUUUAUAUAUUAAAGAAAACUUAUCACGCACCAACUGUGAAUUGCUGCCGCUUGUGCAGAAGACCUAUGGGUCCCCAGGGGCUCCCGGUGUGACACUGGAAACGACUGUCCCAGGAGACAAAGUUCGCAUCUGUCCCCAGCACAGGCCACCCUGCGCUGUGGGGGACUGGCUCAGAGCCUGAGGCGGCUGGGCUGGAGGGGAAGGCUGGGACUCUCUGGAACAUUCUUUAUAAUAAAAGCCUGCCGGGAAAACCUCC